AUGCCAUUUAAACCGGACCCGUCUCGGCGCUCCGGCACUGCCGGACCCCCCAAUUCCUGGGCAACGCAUCCCGCACCCUCCCCCGCAUCCCCCCCUUCCCCCGAGCACCCCACUCACCAGCUUCCUCUGGUUGCUGAGGCAGAAAGUGCAGAUCUGUUUGGGCUGGGAGCUGUCGGGGUCCCGCGCCGGGGGGCUGCCGCCUCCUCCACCUCCUCCUCCACCUCCCCCGGCGUGCGGGAAGAAGGCGGGCGUGGUGUGGCACGGCUGCCCGUCGCCGCACGCCUCGCCCACCAGCAGCACGUUGCCCAGGUGGGAGAUGUAGCUGGAGGCCAGGCGCAGGGUCUCGAUCUUGGAGAGCUUCCUGUCGGCCGGCUCGGUGGGGAUGAGGGUGCGCAGCGCGGUGAAGGCGGUGUUGACGCUGUUGGUGCGGUCGCGCUCCCGCGCGUUCGCCGUGUGCCUCUGCCGCGGCUCCCGCGACAGCCGCGCCGCCGCCGCCGCCUUCUUGGCCCCGCGCCGCUUGCCCGCCUUCAGCGCGUAGCCCUCGGCGUCCAGGUGGAAGGGCUUCUCGUCCGAGCCCGAGCUCUCGCUGCCGUUCUCCUCGUCCUCCGACAGCAUGCUGAUCUCGGGGUACAGGACAUCCGUAACACGGUGGGAAACAUCCCCAUGGAGUGGUACCAGGACUUCCCACACAUCGGCUACAACCUGGAUGGCAAGAAGAUCUACAAACCCAUCCGGAACAAGGACGAGCUGGACAUGUUCCUGGAGAAGAUGGAGAACCCUGACUACUGGAGGACGGUGCAGGACAGGCUGACGGGGGCGGACGUGAAGCUGACGGACGAGCAGGUGGAGCUGGUGCAGCGCCUGCAGAAGGGGCAGUUUGGGGACGUCAACUUCGACCCCUACGAGCCGGCCGUGGACUUCUUCACCCACGAGGUCAUGAUCCACCCGGUGACCAACCGCCCCGCCGACAAGAGGAGCUUCAUCCCCUCCCUCAUCGAGAAGGAGAAG